CUUCCUUUCUAACCGCCCUCAAGCUCUUCAGUCGGUUAUUGCUCGUCACCUCUUUCAUUAGUGGACGACGCACAAGGCAUCACCGCCAACUUCAGUUAAGAAUGAAAAACUCGUUGAAAGAGAAAACACAUUCAAUCCCGGCUCAAGUUCAUACUUUCUUCAAGGCCAAGCGGAUAUCUACCCCCGCGGCCAUACUAAUAGGCGUCGUUAUUGGGCUUUCUAUAUCGAGAUUAUUUGGAGGAUGGAGUACUUCUUCGCAUCCCACCCAAUGGCGGUCCUCACACACACCCUCUACUUCUUCUCAUCGCCAACAAACCCGCCAUCCGACACAAGUUCCUUCGAUUGAUCAACGGUUUCGCAUCCUAGAGCUCCUAACAACUCUAACACCACACUAUACUCGUGAAUGUGGGGCGAAGGUGCAGCCAUUAUACGCGCAACAAGCGUCGGAGAGGUAUAGCCCUUUAAUAGGCCAUAACCCCCCUUCAGAUGGAAGCUGGAAUGAAUGGGUACAUAAAUUUACUGGUCUGGAUGAAGAUUCAAAUACUCGAAAGCGCGAGACAAAGUCCAGUAAAAGAGGAAGCGAUGUCGCCAAGGCGCCCCACAAAUACUUCUUUGCCAUAAAUCUUUACAACUCCUUCGACAUUCUCCCAGACCUCUUCUCCACACUCUUCCGCGUUUCUGCCAUUCUGGGUUAUCCCAACAUAUUUGUCUCCAUCUAUGAAAACGGGUCCACCGAUCAAACCAAAGCUCUUCUUCGCAUCUUCUCAAGUUUAACGCAUGCAGUCGGUCUACGGUUCACGAUUAGGACAAGUAUGCGGACUAGAGGCGCCUUUAAUCACCGGAUAGAGUAUCUGGCGGAGGUCAGGAACGCCGCGUUUUUACCGUUGCACGAAUUGAGAGACGGUGAAGGGGAGAUUUUUGACACAAUUGUGUUCAUGAACGAUGUCCUUCCAUGUGUAGACGACCUACUGGAGUUGAUAUAUCAGAGCCGAUUGAAUAACGCUGGCAUAACGUGCGCUGCCGACUACAUGUACCAUACCGAGCUUCAGACCCCAGUAUUUUACGAUAAUUGGGUGGCCCGAGAUAUUAACGGGACUGCACUCGAGAAUGCUCCCUUCGAAAGAGUGUUCAACCAUCCUCCCAGUAAUUCGAGGUGGUUAGCCCAUUUACCUGUUCAGGUACAAUCGUGUUGGAAUGGCAUAGCUGUCCUUGACCCAGAACCCUUCUAUCUCGCUUCGAGGGUGAAAUUCCGGAUGGCAAGGAUAACAGAAGGGGAAUGCAGCGCCAGCGAGUGUAGCUUGAUCUGUAAUGACUAUUGGGAGGCUGGGUAUGGAAGGAUCAUGAUGGUCCCAAGGGUCAAGCUGGCAUACGAUUCGAAAGUGUAUGACCUAAUUCAUCCCGCACGUCGCAACUUGACCUCGAUAAGAGGCUAUGUCCGGUUAGGCGGCCUUCCUGAUAAUCCACGGACAGAUCCACAGGAUAGGGCUUGGUUUGGUCCUCAUGAUAGAUUGUUCAUGGAGGAGGAAAGUACGCCAAUAGAAUUUACCUCGGGACCAAGUCAUGUUUGGUGCUGGGGAUGGGACGGUGCUGGAGAUCUAGAAGGACCUGACGUUGACCCCAUAUGGGAGGAGAUGUCGAACAAAACCAGGCUUCCAAGUGCGAUAAAAGUCCGACACGAUAGAGGGUUCGAGGACUUAUGAGAUGGGGCUGAUGUUGACUGAAGUAUUGAAGUUUGAGAUCUGGCAGUUAGAACGGGCAAAUCGUUCAACCUAAACGCCGGAAAGGGGUGGAGGUUUCGGGCCUUCCUCUUGAAAAGAGGAAGACCAAGGUCAGAAGGGGGCUCUUGAGAAUAGUGAAGGUGGCGUUCUCAUGGACAUGGACAUUCUUGUUAUUGGUGGUUCAACCAGGUUUUGGAUGCUGAAAGUGCAUUUAGUCUUGCUCUUAUUCUCUUAUGGCUUUCUGGCUCUCACGCUGUUGUUCAUUACACUCCUUUGCGUUUUUAUCAUUAGGUAUUGUCUCAUCUGUAUCGUAGGUAAUUUGCUCUGAGUUGGACUUGAUAUCCUUCAUCAUUGUUUCUACUCAUUAGAAGCCGGUACGAUCCCCGGACUACACAUGAGCUUCCAGUUG